CGCCUCAACUUUAUACCUUGUACGCGACAAUAUCAAUAUGGCACCCAAGAAGAAGGCCGCACAGGCCGACAAAGGACGCAUUGAAGAUGAAGUUGAAGAGCCCCUCCAGGCAGUGAUUCUCGCAGACUCAUUCGAGACCCGCUUCAGCCCUUUCACACUUGAACGACCUCGCUGUCUACUUCCCUUGGCCAACACUCCUCUGAUCGAAUACACCUUCGAAUUUCUUGCCAACGCUGGUGUCGAUGAAGUCUUUGUCUACUGCGGCGCCCAUACCGACCAGGUCGAAGAAUACGUCCAGCAAUCCAAGUGGACCUCGAAAGUUUCUCCUUUCAACAAUGUCGAAAUCGUCCGCUCCUCGUCCAAUUCGAUCGGUGAUGCCAUGCGCGACCUCGAUGCGCGCGCCGUCCUUACUGGAGACUUCCUGAUCGUCUACGGAGAUGUAGUCAGCAACCUGCCUAUCGAAGCCGCCAUUGCUGCCCACCGUCAACGUCGCACAAAAGAUAAGAACGCCAUCAUGACCAUGGUCCUUCGCGAGGCCGGCACUGUCCACCGCACCAAAAUGCAGCGCGUUUCUCCCGUUUUCGUUCUCGACCCUACCAAGAAUCGUUGUCUGCAUUACGAACAAAUGCGACCGAACCAACCCUCACAUCUCGUCACCCUGGAUCCUGAUAUCUUGAAAGAGCACGAUGAACUCGAGAUCAGGGAGGAUUUGAUCGACUGCGGUAUUGAUAUUUGCACGCCGGACGUCCUUGCUCUUUGGAGCGACAACUUCGACUAUGAAGCACCGAGAAAGGGUUUCCUUCACAGUGUCCUGAAAGACUAUGAAUUGAACGGCAAGACUAUCCACACACACAUCGUCGACGAGCAUUACGCAGCCAGAGUUAAGAACCUGAGAGCGUACGAUGCUGUUACGAAGGACAUUCUCAGCAGAUGGGCAUACCCGAUCUGCCCUGACAGCAAUCUCGUGCGCGACCAGACAUACAGACUCACUAAAGGCAAUGUCUACCGUGAAGAAGGAGUUGUCCUUGCAAGAUCAUGUCAUAUUGGCUCGAGGACUGUCAUUGGUAGAGCAACUGCAAUCGGUGAUGGAAGCGAAAUUUCAAACAGCGUUAUUGGCAGGAGGUGCAUCAUCGGCAGGAACGUCAAGAUCGACGGCGCAUACAUCUGGGAUGACGCUUCUAUUGGCGACGGCACUGUGGUCAAAGAUGCGAUCAUUGCGAACGAAGCCUCGGUCGGCAAGAAGUGCAACAUCAUGCCUGGCGCCCUGCUGUCAUACGGAGUCUACAUCUCUGACGGCAUGACAAUCAACUCCAGAAUCACAAAAAUGAAGCGCGAGUCAGGUUAUGAACAGGAUGAGAUUGUACGAGGGCAGACAGACAAGGAAGUUGUUGGCCAAAAAGGAGAAGGCUUCGAAUAUGAGACUUCAGAAGACGAAGAUGAGGACGACCAGGAACACCACAGCCUGCACUCUUCAGGCAUCUACAACAUGCAAAACCAAUCGGCCGAAUCAAUCUCGACACUCAAUUCAGAAACAUACAGUGAAGAGUAUGAAGGCAGAGCGGAGAAGAGCUCGAGAUCUGAGAGCUUCCUCUCCAUCGGAUCUGUGGAUUCCGAAGACAGCAGAGCCGGUCGCGAGGCUGUCGAUUUCCACCACGACGCAGCAGCCAGUAUCUACGACUCACUGCAAAAGGGUGACGAGGCGGCCAACAUCCAGCUCGAACUCACGGCCUUGCGUAUGUCUGCAAAUGCUUCACCGCACAUGGUUCGCCGUGCAGUGGUGGCAGCUUUCAUGAAGCGUAUGGCAAGUCUGAUGGAAGAGGGUCUCACACCAGCACAAGCGGCAAAGAAGACGAUACCAACCCAACAGAUGCUGAUCGAACGCACCAUGUUCGAUCGUGGUGAAACCUACCCAGAAAAGAUCGAUCAGGUGGACUUCCUGUUGCUUGUACAGGCUGAUGUAUGCCACCGUGCGGAUGGCGAGAAGAUCAUGCUUCAUGUCUGCAACGAACUGUACAUGGGCGAUGCGCUAGAGUUCGAGGGAGUGAUGCAAUGGUGGAAGGAUGAGAAGAGUGAGGGCAGCGAUGAGUUGAAGCAGAUCAAGCUUGCUAUGGGCCAGUUUGUGGAUGCUAUCAAGGCUGCAGAGGAGAGUGAGAGCGAAGAAGAGAGCAGCGAAGAGGAGAGUGAGGAAGAGGAUGAGGAAGAAAGCGACGAUGAAUAGAUCAAGGUGGCACGAUACCCAUGAAAUAAACUCCCUUGAAUACCUUGAUCAGUAUAACAAUGAAUUCAGUGUAUAGAAGCUGGAAAGAGGAAGCAGCGAACAAAGAGCAUCUUGC